GCCUUCAUGCGGUUUCCGUUCACGAUCAGCAGGCAAAACAGCGUCAUGCAGUAACGUUAUACACUAAACAGGCAAGUGCAUCAUUGAAUCAUGGCAACCUCAACACGUCCGCAUUACAAACUAACUUACUUUCCUCUGCGAGCAAGGGCUGAACCAAUACGUAUAAUACUGACAUUGGCUGGAGCUGACUGGGAGGAUAACAGGAAUAUGAACGACGACGAUUUGGCAGCUUUAAAUGAACAGGGAGUCUGUCCGUAUGGCCUAUUACCAAUCCUUGAAUUUGAUGGUGUUGUUCUAGCGCAGAGUAUGGCUAUUCUGCGUUACCUUGCCAGGGAAUAUGGAUUUCUCCCAGAAACAAGUCUUGAAAUUGCAAUAGCAGACAGUAUCGUUGAUCAAAUACAGGACUGUGUUCUUAAAGUUAUCAAGAUGUGGUUUACCAAAGACGCAAGCGAGAAGAGUAAAGCAAAGCAAGAUCUGGUAGAAGGGCUUUUUCCAAAAAACCUAUCUUAUUUUGAAAUUAUAUUGAACAAGAAUUGCAAGGGGAAAACAUUCUUCUUUGGCGAUAAGAUAACGUACGCGGAUAUUAACUUCUUUUGUUUUGUAAAUGGCUUUAUUCUGGCUGGACAAAUCGAAGUUCCUCCGAUUUUAACCAAGUACCCAGGGUUAACGAAAUUAUACAAAGCAAUUCUGAAUCAUCCACGGUUACGUGAAUACCUCGAGAAAAGACCACCCACUGAUGGUCGCUAAUUUGAAACCCCAGCAUGUUGGCAGUCUUGAGUCUUCUAAUUACUUUCUAUGUUUCUUGAGUGUGAUAAUAGUGGAAAUACCAUAGUCUACAUGUGGUUAAAAUAUACGUUCACUUGCAUUAUAUACAGUUCACCAACAAAAAUAAA